UGCUGAAGCGCGUCCGCGUCGCGUUGUAUUUUUGUUGAGUUUUUAAGCUAAUCUUAAUUUUGCGUGUCUUAUUAAUUAGAAAACCAUGUGUUAAGUGUUCCCCGAUCGCAAAGCAAGACGAGUAGAUCCGAAAAUGGGCGCCUCCACCAUCGACAGCGUGCGGGUGCUGCUGCAAUCGCUGCCCGCGGCCACGGCGAACAUCGCUUCUCAGCCGGCCGAUCAGCAGACGCCGGUAAAAAUAGCGUUUACAGGGACGCCGCUGCGCUCCAGGAAUCCCAGCCAGCUACAGGUGGUCCCGGAGAAGGUCGAGGAGAAGCCUGCCUCGCCGCCGGAGGAGUUCUGGCGGGAUCUGCAGCAGUUCCACGAGCGACGGGGCACUCCAUUGACGCAGCCCGCCAAGAUGAGUGGCCAGCAGGUGGACCUGUACAGGCUGUACAACGAGGUAACCGAACGCGGCGGCUUCAACAAGGUGAACAUGCGGGACGAGUGGGAGGAGGUGUACAGCGCCAUGGAGACGCUAAGGGAGCGCUGCGUCAAUGGGACGGCGACCAUCAAGCACAUCUACAGACGCUAUCUGGACAAGUACGAGCGGCUGAACUUCUUUGGCGAGGAUCCGGACAAGAUGGAGGCCUUGGAGGCGGCCAUCGAGAAUGCCGAAAUGGGCGGAGGACGCUCGAGAUCCAGAUUUUUGGCUGGUGCCGGCGGUGGUCUGGGCAGUAUCUUCGGUUCCGCGCACUCCACUUUGCCGGCGGUGCCGAUGGCCUACAAUCAGCGUCAGCACGCGGUGAAUGUGGAGCGAAGGCGGCAGUACAAGAUGUCCACGCAUCUGCACCGACACAGCACCUACGAGAAGCUGCUGCUGUCCCUGCUCUCACCGCUGCCCAACGAGCAGGACUUUGCCAUCAAUGUGUGCACUUUGAUGACCAACGAACCGCGGCACACGUUGCAACUGGCAGACUGCCCCAAGCUGCUCGACGUGCUGCUGGCGCACCUGGGCGUCUAUGCCGACUUCACUAUGCGAAAGCUGUUCCAGCACAGCUAUGCCGAACUGCGGCACAAUUCGCAGCUCAGCUUUUGGCGCGACCUGCUGCACGACCGGCCACAGAUCCUGGAGCUCUACACGGACGAGCAGGCGUGGCUGGACAACGGGCUGAUUAGCAAGGAGGACACGGAGACCUCUGCGGCGCGCAGUGAACUGCUGGCGGCCUGCGACGAGCUGGACUUCCUCAACCUGCGACGCGGCAGUGGGACGGACGAACGCAUGGGACACCGCGUGCUCCAGAUUGUCCGGCUAGUGCGGGCACUCAGUUUCCACCAGGAGAACCACGCGCUCCUGGCCUCCAACCGCACUUUGUGGCGAUAUCUGGUCAUGGGCGCGAAUGUGCGAUGGAACAACAUCCACAUCCAGGCCCUCGAGACGGCCGGCAACCUGGCGCAGCAAUUUGAACUGCUCGAUCCCACCACUGACGAGCUGUCGCGGAAUCUUCUGGCCACCCUCUGCGAGGGCGUCGACUCCAACGACCGGGCGGUGAUCAUUAGCUGCCUGGAGAUACUCUACAAGCUGUGCAGUCGCGAGGGCAAUUCGCAGCACAUCAAUCGUUGCCUUGGCCUGGACUUUUACCAACGCGCCAUGCUGCUGCUCUCGCUUACGGACGUUAUGCUGAUUAUCUUCACCCUGGAGGCGGUCUACGCGCUCAGUUCGCUGGGCGCGCGUCCCUGCUCGAUGCUGAUGCAAGUACGGGGACUAAUGGACCAGCUGGUGGCCCUGAUCACCGUGGAGGCGCAGUCCUACGGCACCGAGGGUUGCAUACUCAUGCGGGUGGUGGAAGUGGUGCCGGGCAACAUGGUCGCCUCGAUGGCUCACAACAUGCCCGCUAUGCAGGCUCCCAUGGCGGCAGCUUCCAUUACGACGCUUCCAACAUCUCUGCAAGUUGCCGUCAAGCCGCCAGCAGCUUUGCCCACGCCGACGCCCUCGCAGACGCAGGUGCUCCUGCCGCAGGGAGAGCAGCAGUCGGUUCCCAUUCCUGGUCUGCCGAUGCCCAGUCUGCCGCAUGUUAACCUGCCCGUACCCAGUCUGCCGCAGGUGCAAUUGCCACCCAUCCCGGCCACUGUGACCCUUCCCAGUCUGCCCACCGUCUCGCAGAAUUUCACCCACGAGGACGAGCAGUACGCCUUGGCCUGGCUGGGAGCCACCUACGAGCGGGCAGGCACCGGCACCGAUCUGCGCGUGGAGCAGGCGGAGAUGUACAGGAUCUACUUGUCGCAUUGCCAAAAGGCGGGCAAGCUCUCGGUGGUCAAUCACAUGCAGUUUCCCCGUCUGGUUCGGCUGAUAUUCAACCAGACGGUGGGACCGGUGAUUGUGCGGCUGCUGGACGGAGCGGAGCUGCCCGGAACCUACUAUGUGGGCAUUCGGAUGCGGGCACAGCCGCUGGUCAUGCAACAGAGGCCCGCCGCCAGCAUAAUUCCUGUUAAAAAGGAGACUCCCAUAUUGCCCAAGCUGCCGGCUGCCGGUGAUACUGUUCCAUUGGAUGCUCCUACGGAGGAAACGGCUUCUUCCGCUGUAACUCCGCCACCAAGCUCCUCGCUGAUCAAAAGCCUGUUGGCCAACAAGGUCACCGAGCGCCAGCAGAAGCAGAAGGCCCAGGCCCAAUCGCCCCAGCCGCCAGCCUUGGUGCCCACCACUGCGUCCGGCACAAAUGCCAGCCAACCCAUCAAAGUAACUUCUACGGCUAUUAGCGCCUUUGUGAACAAUCCUCUGAUGCAGCACACACCGGUGAAGGUGGGCCAGACCACCAUUAAGCCGCUGCACCCCCAGAUGGCCAUUGAAAAGAAGCCCAUCACGGACUCGGCACCGCCUCCCCUCGCUCCGUUGAGUGGCGCCAAUGUGGUGCAAACCAAGGAUGCCAGUGGGCGCACACUAAUCAUUGCUUCAGCCGCUGCGAAAAGGAAACUAACCGUUGACGAAGAACAGAACAAGCGACUGGCCAUGGAUGCCGCCGCCAGCAGUUCCAGCUCAAAUUCCUCAGCUGCUGGAAAGGAAGAAACGCAGGUGACUCCCUCAAAGAAUGCGGCCAAUCUGUACGCUGAUCUGGCGGCUUCCAUACUGGAGGAUGAAGACCUGGACGACGUUCCACCGCUGGCCAAGUCAAGUCAGGAGCAGCAAUCCCAACAGCAGCAGCAGCUUCAACUCAUACCGGCCAAAGUUCAGCCUGCCCAGCGGCAGUUGGUCUUUCCCGGCAGCAGUGUCGUCUCUCCAGCACCUCCGCCGCAACUCAAACUGGCCACCACGGCUACGAUUAAGACGGAUCAGGGCAUGCAGACGGUGCCGGUGAUCCUGCAGCCCAAGACCACGAUGGAUGCCACGCCGGCGCCGCAGACGCAGUAUGUGCUGGCCACCAAUCAGCAAGGUCAAACGUAUCUGGUGGCCCAGCAAACGCAACCGACAAUGCCGCCAUCCUCCACCCAGUCGGCGCCACCCACGUUGCUGGUGACCCAAACGCCGCAGCAACAGACCAAGACCAUAAUCAUACUGCAGCAACCGGGCGGAGUUUCCUCUGCCAAUGUGGCAGGUACGCAAAAGAUGAUAAUGACAACGGCCCAGGGCCAACAGGUCCUGGUGACCACCACCACGGCACCGCAACUGACACAGCCACGUGCUUCGACGCCCCAGCAGCAGCAAAUCUUUAUUGCCCCUCAGCGACCGGUGCCCGCGUUGGGUGCUGGCCAAAUGUCGCCCUCACUUCUGUCGCAGCUUAACCAGAUUCCGGCCACCAUCAAGCUACACCAGCCUGCUCCCCAAUUGGCACAGCAGCAGCAGCAGCGGCUAGUGGCCACCAAGCCAGGCGCUGCACUGCCCAUUCCCCAGCUGCAGCAGCACCAGUCCAUCAUCCAGCAGCACAUCAUCUCCGGCCCCGCAACAACACCGACUGCGGCUGGAAGCGUUCCGGUUGCAGGCGAAAAGAGGCAGGUCAUUCUGGGCGGCAUCAAGGAGACAACGCUCAUUACCCAAACCCCGGCCACGGCGGCUCCUCUGCAGCAGAGUCAGCUCAAUUCGCAGACGAUCAUCACCACACAGCCGCCCACCAGCACAGCUGCCGUUGGGGGCGUGGCUCAGCAGCAUAUACGAACUGUUUUGGAUCAACAGCAGCAGCAGCAUCAUCCUUCCAUCAUUCAACAGAAGAUCACCAUGCCAGCAGUUACGGAAACGAACAAGCCGAAAGUAGUAGCCGUUUCAGCUCCAGGAACUCCGCCAAGCACGGCGCUGCUUGCUAAGAAGCCUUUGCAGCCCCUGCCAUCUCAAGGGACCAGUUUAAAGCCAUCUGUAACCCAGGCUGUGGUGGUGACACCGUCAGGUGGCAGUGAUUCAACGGAAGGCGGCAAAAUAGUUGUGGCAGCAACCAGCAGCGAAGCCAAGCCAACGGAGCAACAAGUGGUGGCUCAGACGACAGUGGCCUCUGCUGUUGUCACCACCGCUCCCAGCAGCAGUGGUUUGGUGGUCAGUCAAAGUGUCUACGCUGCGCCAGCUCCCAAUGGCAGUCCCACGCCCUCCGCCAUGCCCGUGGACGCCAACUGGUUGUUCAUUUGCGACUGGCGGAAUUGUCCUCGCAAGAAAUUCAAGUCUCUCAACGAGCUCAAGUAUCAUGUGUGCAAUGUCCAUUGUCCGGAUCAUUUGGACUCGGAUGCCGACAUUUACUGUCAGUGGGGAAGUGGGCCCACCUUCUGCGACAACAGGGCGCGCAAACGCUACUCACUGAUGACGCAUCUGAUCGAUCGGCAUAUGACCAUGGAGAAUCUGCGCGCCAGUGUGCAGCGGCGCUUGGCCACCGGCAUUCAUAAUGUGGCGCCGACGCAGCCGCCCGUUACCAUAGUGCGCAAUGAGGGGCACGCCCAACGACUGGCGGCGGGACAGGCUGCUGGUCCGUCCGCGGGUCCUGCUCCUCCGGCUCCUGUGGUGGGCAGCGCCGCGAUGCAGGCCAUGAGCCGGCACACCACCGAUUACACGAACUCUAGGGAGAUGUUGGACGAAACCGAGGGUCCCGUCACCAAGAGCAUCCGACUAACGGCGGCUCUGAUUAUACGCAACCUCGUCACCUACUCGUCUACGGCCAAGCGAACAUUAAAGCGCUAUGAACCCCACCUGGCCAAUGUGGCCCUGAGCAAUGUGGAGGCCAGCGGAGUGCUCUCCCACAUCAUGUACGAGCUGAGCCAAUAAUAAUAAUUAAUUAUACUGACCUGUAAUAACGACACUAUAAAUUGUGAAAAAAUCAUACCAUA